GCCGAAGGUCCGAGAUAAAUUUUUGGAGCCGGCCACGGGAAGCUUUUCCAAUUCUAUCACUCACUGCAACUUUUUACUUCGUCUCCUUGGAGCGACACGUGUGAUUCAAACCCGGCGACACCUUUGAUCCUUAGUUCUGUAUUUCUUCUUACCUAGAUACCCCCAUAAUAAGAUUCAAGAUGCAGCGCGCCCUUUCUUCACGCGCGAGAGCUUCUGUCCUCUCUGCUGCUCCCAGCAAGUUCCGUGCCGGUGCCGGCCUGGGACAGCAGCUUCGUUUUGCCCACAAGGAGCUCAAGUUCGGUGUCGAGGCCCGUGCCGCCCUGCUCACUGGUGCUGAUACUCUGGCCAAGGCCGUCGCGACAACACUUGGCCCCAAGGGUCGCAAUGUCCUCAUUGAGUCUAGCUAUGGCUCCCCCAAGAUCACAAAGGAUGGUGUAACUGUCGCGAAGGCAAUUACCCUCAAGGAUAAGUUCGAGAACCUCGGCGCCCGUCUCAUCCAGGACGUUGCGUCAAAGACCAACGAGACCGCCGGUGACGGCACCACCACCGCCACUGUCCUCGCCCGUUCCAUCUUCUCCGAGACCGUCAAGAACGUCGCCGCUGGCUGCAACCCCAUGGACCUGCGCCGUGGUAUCCAGGCUGCCGUCGAUGAGGUCGUUGCUUUCCUCCAGAAGAACAAGAGAGAUAUUUCCACCAGCGAGGAGGUUGCCCAGGUCGCCACUAUCUCCGCCAACGGUGACCAGGAGGUCGGCAACCUGAUUGCCAAGGCCAUGGAGAAGGUCGGCAAGGAGGGUGUCAUCACCGUCAAGGAGGGCAAGACUCUGGUCGACGAGCUCGAGGUUACCGAGGGUAUGCGCUUCGACCGCGGCUUCGUCUCCCCCUACUUCAUCACCGACGCCAAGUCCCAGAAGGUCGAGUUCGAGAAGCCCUUGAUCCUCCUCUCCGAGAAGAAGAUCUCUGCCGUCCAGGACAUCAUUCCCGCUCUUGAGGCCUCCACCCAGCUGAGACGUCCUCUCGUUAUCAUUGCCGAGGACAUUGAGGGUGAGGCUCUCGCCGUCUGCAUUCUCAACAAGCUCCGUGGCCAGCUUCAGGUCGCCGCCGUCAAGGCCCCCGGCUUCGGCGACAACCGCAAGUCCAUCCUCGGUGACUUGGCUGUCCUCACCAACGGUACCGUCUUCAGCGAGGAGCUUGACAUCAAGCUCGAGAAGGCUACCCCCGACAUGCUCGGCUCCACCGGCUCCAUCACCAUCACCAAGGAGGACACCAUCUUCCUGAACGGCGAGGGCGCCAAGGACUCUAUCUCCCAGCGCUGCGAGCAGAUCCGUGGUGUCAUGAACGACCCCACUACCUCCGAGUACGAGAAGGAGAAGCUCCAGGAGCGUCUGGCCAAGCUCUCAGGUGGUGUCGCCGUCAUCAAGGUCGGUGGCUCCUCCGAGGUUGAGGUCGGUGAGAAGAAGGACCGCUUCGUCGAUGCCCUGAACGCCACCCGCGCCGCCGUUGAGGAGGGUAUCCUGCCCGGUGGUGGUACCGCCCUUAUCAAGGCCUCUGCCCUUGCUCUUAAGGAUGUCAAGACCGCCAACUUCGACCAGCAGCUUGGUGUCACCAUCGUCAAGAACGCUAUUACCCGCCCUGCUCGUGCCAUCGUCGAGAACGCUGGCCUUGAGGGCUCCGUUAUCGUCGGCAAGCUCACCGACGAGUUCGCCAGCGAGUUCAACAAGGGCUUCGACUCCUCCAAGGGCGAGUACGUCGACAUGAUUGCCGCCGGUAUCCUUGACCCCUUCAAGGUCGUCCGCACCGGUCUGGUUGAUGCCAGCGGUGUCGCUUCCCUGCUCGGUACCACUGAGGUUGCCAUUGUCGAGGCUCCCGAAGAGAAGUCGGGAGGUCCUCCUAUGGGCGGCAUGGGUGGUAUGGGCGGAAUGGGAGGCAUGGGUGGUAUGAUGUAAAAACAUGAUCCAUGAUCAAAAUGUCUUGUAUUAAAAAAAGUCAACUGGGCGAGGGGCAUGGGCAUUGGUGUUACUAUUAAAAAGGAUGUAUAACUGCGGCCAUUUGUACUAAUCUCCCCUCUUUCCCCCUUUUACGCAGCAGUAUCCCUGAGGGGACUUGAGAGCUCUGUAUUGUACAAUAGCACUAGCAAGUUAUGUAAGAUGAAAGAAAGAAAGCAAAACGAGUUAAAGAACAACUAAACAAAGAUCGCAUGCACACAUUGACUGGACUGGAGCUGUGCACGGUGUGUUGAUGUUGGUCGGUAAUAGCUGACAGCUCAGUGACAGCUUGAAGAAUUGGGCCAGUGUGUCGGCCGCUACUUUUUAGUGGUAGAGUUCCUUGGCUUCUUCAUGCUGACAAGUGAGGUAGGCAACCGUUAAGUGCAG